UUACACGAAAUAUAGGAUUUUUUUUUGUGCCGUCUGAAAUCGAUUAUAGGAGUAUUUUGGAAUAAGUUUUUUUUUUUCUUGUAAUGUUUUUGGCAUGAUAUAAAAUGCUCUCGACCUUUAGCACUCAAAGUUUAACUUGCGUUGACACUAGUGUCUAGUCGAAAGUACAAGAAGAUAAACUCGUCUCAGUUUCACUAGGAACCAAAAAUGGCUUCUUCUUCUUCUUACGCACCAUUCUCUGCUAUCUUCAACGGUUCCAGACCUAACCCAUCUGUAAAACCCGCGGCUUUCCUCGCGUCUUCCUUGAAAUUCUCCACCGUCAUAUCGAAUUUCGCAAAUCUGAGUAAUGGGUUCUCUCUGAAAUCUCCGAUUAAUCUUGGGUAUCUCUUCAAGUCGCGGUAUUUCAAUGUCCAAGCUAGAGCUGCUGCAGAGAAGACCGUUCACGAUUUCACUGUAAAGGACAUUGAUGGGAAUGAUGUUUCUUUGAACAAGUUUAAGGGGAAAGUUAUGUUGAUCGUCAAUGUCGCUUCAAGAUGUGGCUUGACAUCAUCAAAUUACUCAGAGCUCUCACAUCUGUACGAGAAAUACAAGAGCCAAGGAUUUGAGAUUCUAGCUUUUCCCUGCAAUCAAUUUGGUGGCCAAGAGCCCGGUUCUAACCCUGAGAUCAAACAAUUCGCUUGCACCCGGUUUAAAGCAGAGUUCCCUAUAUUUGAUAAGGUCGAUGUGAAUGGACCGAGUACAGCUCCGAUCUACGAGUUCUUGAAAUCAAACGCAGGAGGAUUCUUGGGUGGACUCAUCAAAUGGAACUUUGAGAAGUUCUUGAUUGAUAAAAAGGGAAAAGUCGUUGAGAGGUACCCUCCCACCACUUCCCCUUUCCAAAUCGAGAAAGACAUCAAGAAGUUGCUUGCUGCUUAAUAACUUUUGCUUCAUGAGAGUACACAGAAACUAACCGGUAUUUGAAUCUUAAUGUUACCGGUCAUGGUUUGUAUACAUUGUACCGAUAAUGGUUAUGUUAUAUAUUUUUUCAUAAUGUAAAUUAUUAUAUAUAUUAUCACAAUAGACAAUCUCGCUCUUGCAUACAAUGC